UGACAGACGAGCGAUCACCGACAGAGCUCUCUGCACUUCCCCAGGGCCCAGCCUACACCAUGAGGUUCCUCCAUCUGAUGAGACCAAUAAUGUGUGUGCUGCCGGAGGUCUCCGCGCCUGACCGGAAGGUUAACUUUAAGGAAAGGAUGGGCUGGACGCUCGGCAUGAUGAUCCUCUUCGUGUGGGCGAGCAACACGCGUUUGUACGGCGUCCCCUCCGGCUUGGCGUCUUCGAUGCCAUCGGACAUCAUGCGCAUCGUGUUGGCUUCAGGCCACGGCACCGUCAUGGACUUGGGCAUCACUCCCAUCAUCACGUCCUCGAUGGCGAUGCAGCUCUUGGCGGGAGCGCACAUAAUCGACGUGAACCAGAGCAUGAAGGAGGACAGAGCUCUCUUUGGCGGGGCACAGAAGCUCUUCGGCAUACUGCUGACCCUAGCCGAGGCUGUCGCCUUCGUGGUGUCGGGGAUGUACGGCCCCCUGUCGGCCCUCGGGGCGGGGAACGCCAUCCUCAUCGUGUGCCAGCUGUUCCUCAUGGGCGUGAUGCUGAUUCUCAUGGACCAGGUCCUCCAGAAAGGGUGGGGGAUAGGCUCGGGCGUGUCGCUCUUCAUGUGCGCCAAUAUCUGCUCGACCGUCUGGUGGAAGACGUUCAGCUGGGUGUCGGUGACCACGGCGAGGGGGGUGGAGAAGGAGGGGGCCUUCUUCGCCAUCUUCCACCUCCUCCUCACGAGGCCCGAUAAGUUGAGGGCACUCAAGGAUGUGUUCUUCAGGACCGGGCUGCCGAACCUUGUGAACCUGGCGGCCACUGCGGCUGUGGCGAUGGCGGUUAUUUACUUCCAAAAGUGGCGGAUAGAACUGCCGGUCAAGUCCCAGAAGUACAGGGGCCAGGAAGGGAGGUUCCCCAUUAAGCUGUUCUACACGUCCAACAUGCCGCUCAUCCUGCAGUCUGCGCUGGUGGCGAACCUCUACAUGAUCAGCCAGUUGGUCAACGACCGCUCCUCCAGCAGCAUAUUGAUUCGACUGCUGGGCCAGUGGGAGGAGAUGGACGGGUACCCGGGGAAGAGCGUUCCCGUGGGCGGCAUCGCCUACUACAUCACGCCCCCGGCCACCCUGUCCAACGUCUUCACGGACCCCUUCCACUCCAUCUUCUACCUGACUUUCGUCCUCAUGUCGUGCGCGAUUUUUUCGAAGGCCUGGAUGGAGGUGUCUGGGUCUGCGUCUCUGGACGUGGCGAGGCAGUUGCGGGAGCAGCAGAUGGUCAUGAAGGGGCACCGGGACACGGCGUUGCACCACGUGCUGGACCGUUACAUCCCCCCGGCGGCUGCGUUUGGGGGCAUGUGCAUCGGGGCGCUAACGGUCGCGGCCGACCUCUUCGGGGCUGUGGGGUCGGGGACGGGCAUCAUCAUGGCCGUCACCAUCAUACACCAGUACACGGAAAUAUUCAUGCAGGAGCAGAAAGAGUUGAUGGGGGCGUCAGCUUUUUAGUUGCUUGAGCAAAAGUAGUAGUAUUAAUAGUACAGCGUGCGUCCAGCAUUCCUAUGUCGUGCAGAAUUUUGGGGGCUUAGGACGGGGAGGCGUAUACCAGGGUAAGGGGGAGUCGAGUGAGAACGAACGGAGCGAUUGGAACAGCGACGGUGGGACGCAGUGUGUGUGCUUGGGGUACAGUUGAGAGAUGGGUUUUACGCAGUAUUUGUGUUCGUGAGCGAAGUGUGCACCUGUCGCGCACGUGUCCGCCUGGUUGUGUCCCGGUUGUGUCCUGUAAGUCGUAGUCGGGGAGGCAAGCAUCCAGUUGGGCUCCUAUUUGGGCGAGGCCGCUGUAUGAGGUACGUGUGUGUGCGAUGAUCACGAAAGGCUGGGGCGCGCAGUGCCAGUCUAGAGAGUCGGAAGUUAUGAAGUUACCGCAAAACACGCGAGUCAGGGUAGGCGAAACCUUCGGCCUCGAGAGAGAGAGAGAGCGAGAGGGAGAAAUCGGAAAACUCGUGGUUG